UACGCAAUGAGGCAGUUGUUGAUAUACGCGUUAAUAACGUCGGGCUUGUUUUACUUUUCCGAAGGCAAACCAUGCCCCGAAAAGACACGACCUCACAAGACGCGCUGUGAUGCCUUCUACAAGUGCCGGGAGCUGCCCUCCAGUUCCCACGUUUGGGUUCCAGUGCGGUGCAAUGAGGGCCUGGUCUACGAGGCCAGCCUCGGCAGCUGCGUCCUGCCUGGCGAGGAUUGGGAGUGCAUUACGCCCAACGAGAUGAGCUCUACACAGGCGCCAUCGAAGCCGGAUGCGGACAUACUGAUAGUAAACGACUUAGACGAAGCGGGUAUGCUGCUAAGUGAUUCCUCCCACAAGGAUGAUGGCACGGUUGAGAUUGUUCUGGAUUCCACUCUGAGCAGCGAAGAGGAGGAACUGGCGGCCUCGGGGAAGAGUAAGAUGCAUUCAGAGGAGGACCACUCCUCCUCCAGUCACCAAUUUGACUCCAGUGGUGAUGGCGAGCUUGUGGAAUUAGAUUCACCAGCUUUGGCUUCCACGAAGGUUCCCCUGAAGCCCGAAAAUCGGGAGGAGGAGGAUGACCAGGAGACUUCACCCAGUUUGGAGCACAGAUCUGAGGUUGAGAAGCUGAAGGCAGAGCUCAAGCAGGCGGCUGGAGUUAGUGAAUUAUCCAAGCCAGGGUCACCCAUCGAUCCCAACCUGACGGCUCACCUGCAGAGACUCUCCCAGUUGAUCGAUGGACUGCAGCAAACAUACCAGAAGACAGAGAAACCCCAAGCGGAGAUGCGUCCAGAUCAGUUGAACGCCUUCCUGGCUCAUUUUGACAUCAAGAAUCGAUACGAGAUGAUGAAUCCUCUGGAGCAGACUACACCCAGCACCACCACCAGCACCACACAGAUGCCGGCGACCACACCAAAAUUACCAGAACCUCACUUGAACAAGACUCGUCUGCAGGAGCACCUGAGCCACCAUGGCCUGGAGCCAGAGACGAAGCUAAUGUUGACCAAUUCCGUUCCCUAUUCCGCCCAUGGAUCCAAUGGCCAGGGUUAUGCCAACUCUCAAAUAGUGGUUAAUCGUCCCGAAGGUUCCGUGAUGUUUGCCCUGCCUCCCAAUUAUGGAAUGAGCCAGGAGCAAGGUGCCUCCUCCAACCAUCAUCCCACCCAGAGUCACGAGUACAGCGACCACGAACCAAAAAUAUCCGAGGACACAUUGAAGACCGUGCUGGAGCUGUCCAAGCAGAUGAUAGCUGCACAAAAUCUUCCCAAGGUGCUGCCCAAUCCCGGCUAUAAUGGCUAUUACCAGCCCAUUUUGCAGCCGGUAUUUAUGUCACCGCAGGGUAAUCCCUUCCAGCAAUACUACGGCAUGCCGGCUCCCCUGAGUGGACACUACAUGCAGCACAAGAAGCACUCCUCCUCGGGCAGUUCCCCCAGCAAUGGUGGCUACAACAAGCCCAGCACGACGAUAAUACACAACAACGUGAUACCAGUGCAUCUGUCCAGCACGAGUUCCGGCGAAAAGGAGGUGCUGGACUCGUAUGGCAACAGUCUGGGUGUGUAUCCCAGCAUGGAUAAGCAUCAGUCUAGUUCGAGUGGAAUGGAGUAUAUGACCACGGCCAGGCCGGUUUCGAUGACAACGAUGGCAAGUACAUAUGCCUCCUACGGCUCCCAGUCUCCGUUUGCCAAUGACUAUACACUGACCACUCCGCGACCCUUUGAGCACCAGCCUUCGGCAGCCACCGUGGCCAACUUCUACACGCCGAGUCCGCAUCUGGGCGAGCACAAUGCCAAUAGAGUGUAUCAGCCAACCGAGAGUUAUCCCAGCUCGAUGAAUAUGCCCAGACCGAUGGAUAUGUUCCCGGGACAGAUUGAGGCGGACAGGGUGGCCAUUCGACCCAAUUCGCAGAAAAUCGAAAGCAUGGAGAUGAUGGGCGAUGAUGACUUGAUUAAGGCCAGCUACCAGAGCGCUUCAUCAUCGGGAACUGGCGGUGGCGGGAAUGGGAACACUCUUCCUCACGUACUGACCUACAGCAGCGACAUGAGCCAGCAAUUAGCACCUGGCAGCGGGUAUCUGGAGCAUAGCUACCAGAGCCACCAUAAACACCAGCAGCACCCGUAUAUGCCCAGGCCCACGAUGGGCAGCAGCAUCUAUAGCGAUGCGGAGGGCAACAUGGAGAUGAGCAUGUUCACCAGCAGUCCGAAUCUUAAUCCAUUUACGGCGGAGAAGAUGAAGUACCCGGUUGCUGGUUCCGGCUCCUCCUCGCACAACGGCCAGCUGGUGAACUUCAAUGGGAACUUUAUCAGUCUCGAUGUCUUCCAGAAGUCCAUACUCCCGCUGAUGACCAAGACCUCAGCGGGUCUCAGUGAUCUGGGCAACGUGGAAGUCAUCACCUGUCAGCCGGGAGUGAGGCAGCCGAAUCAGACUGACUGCACCCGGUACUUUGUGUGCAGCAAGAAGGAUGGCAAGGUCCUGUCCUACUCCUGUCCGCCCUACACUGGCUUCAACAAACAGACAAGGAUCUGUGAUGCUCCCACUUAUGCCCAGUGUGGCAAUGUGAUGCCUGCCUUCAGUGGCUACACCAUAGACACCAACAGGAGGCUACAGAUGGAGACCAUCAAGAUGCUGAACGAGGCCAAGAGAAGGCAGGAGGCCGCUUUGAAGGCCCAGAGCAUAGCCAAUCUCCUCCAGCAAUAUGGGAGCAGCAGCAGUACCAGUAAUAACUUCCAGCUGCAGCAGCAGGCUGGCAGGCCUGGGAUCUCCUCAAACAUCGAGAGUGAUCCCAUGGACUCGUAUGCGGUGAAUCUGCCGGAUAUCCAGAUGGCAACCACCACCACAAGGCCGCCCACCAUUAUCCAGGCCAACAUUGGAGGUGGUUUUGGGAGCAAUAUCGGGAGCAGCUCCUCCUCAUCAUCAACGCCUGCCAAGAAACGAAAGUACUACUGCAAGGAGGGCGACAAGAUCCCAGACCAGACCUCCAUCUCCAGCUACUUUGUGUGCUACAAGAAUGCACAGGGCCAGAUGAAGGGACACAAGAUGAGCUGCUCCAAGGGCCUGCUCUUCUGUCCCAAGACCCUGCUCUGCACACUAGCCACCAAGUGCACCGAUUAA